AUGCCCGUGCACGUGGCGCCCAUCAACUCCGGCCCUUCGGCGCGGGUGUGCAGUCUCUCUUUCCGCAACAACCGCCGUGAAGCGGCGAAGAGGGCUAUCGCGCCGCGGACAGCUCUUAGGUGUACGGUACCUAUACCCGUCUCCACACAUAUCCGUUCCUUCGCCGCGCGCAAGGAAUCCCACCCCGAGCUCGACGCAAAGCUCCACCGACUACAGGAGCAAGUAUGGAAGGCCAGCGUACGCGAUAAUGCGCCAGUCCCGCCCUUGCUACGCGCCUACGAUGCCGUCCGAGACGAGCUCAAGAGCCUGGCGCCCGACUCUCGGCGCUCAGUCCUGCCUUCCACUCGAGACUCUUUCCAGGCGGACUUCAAAGAUGCUUUACGGCUUGUUGCCGUAGCUCGCCUGAAUGAUAAUGAGGCUGGCAUCCUCAAAACCAUGGUCGACGACCUCAUCUCACUCGGCCUACUCGGACCCUCGGAAGCUCACUCGAUCGUCUUGCACGCACUAGCCGAAGGCAAUAAACCCAAGGCCAUGUACCAAUGGCUGACGCACGUAUGUCAGGAGACCACCCUUGAUCAUUGGUCCAUCUAUCUCGACUAUGUCGUACUUGAGCGUCAGAGCAAGGGUACCUUCCACCAGGCUCUCGAUGCUAUGGAGGAGGAAGGCUGCCCACCAACUCCAGAGCUUUGCAUCAAUCUCCUUCGGAAGGUCUUUGCGCUCCCCGAAGGCGCUCCCGCCAUCGCCCUUUGGGUCGUCUCAGCCAUUCGCCCCCACGCACGUUCAUUUGCACCCGCCUUUCGCGACUUCCUCUUAACCGAGUCGGCGAAACACUUCUCCCCACACGAUGUCGCAGCGCUCUCGGCUGCGUACCCCGCCGAGCAUCCCGCCGAUGACUUAAACGACCCUGCAGUGCAGCACGCAAAUGAGAUUGCCGAUGCAUGGCACCUGUACGGUCGGGGAGCGGGAGCAGGAGCGUUACAGGACCGCGUACGCCAAGGAUUCAAGCCGACACCCGAGGCCUUGACCAUCAUCCUCAAGGACAAGUUCAACAUCGAGGAUGUAAUCUUCUGGCAAGCGCAAUUAGGGAUCAAGGCUGAGCCCGUCGUAUGGGCUCAGCUUGUAUCUGCUGAAGCCAAGCGAAAUAAGGAUGACCCCUUCGCCGCACUCGCCGUCUUUUAUCGGGCCCAAGAUGCAGGCGUCAACCCGUCUUACACUGUUGCGGACGUCGUAUUGGGGAUAAUGUGCUCAGCCGAUCAUGGCAUUGCUGUUCCGUCCGAGGAGCUCACGCGUAGCGCAUAUGGGAUCUACCUCGACGUGUACAACUGGUACUGCCGCGAUCUUAAGGAGGGACAGGGUCCCCCUCGAGAUGUUUGCCUGGUGCCACCCGGCCAAGAGACGGUAGCAGCGACAUCGGUUUUCGAUACACUCAACCGCGUGCUCUCUGCCGCGCCUGGAACUUGGCCGCUCGCUUUGCGCCAACUAAAGCACAUGCGUCGCCUCCGUCUUCCUCUCGACGGCCCAUCUUUUAUCGACUGGAUAACGCGCCUCAUCCGUACCGCGCCGAACGCCUUCCAAGCACGCGAAGUCUAUCUCAUCGCGCGCACAUUUGGCGGAGCAGCACUCGAUGGUCCGGGAUGCGCGGCUGUACUGCAUGCAAUAUUGCUUGUACGAGGCAACGGGAACGCACUCCCACUCUGGCGCGAGUUCUUGUUCGUUCUCGAGCGCAUGCGUCAAGACGGCGCGGUACUCCCAGCAGAUGUGCAUGUCGAACUGCUUGACUGCCUCGCGGCUGUGGGCUCCACGCUUCCGCGUAGGCUCGAUAGCGAAGACGCAGUGGCCGUGCAAGCAUCGCUCGCUUACGCCCUUGAUGCUGUACGCACGUCGAUGGGAACCGGGGCUGGCGGCACGCGGCCUAACGCCGCGAGCCGACACGCCCUUCUCCGUGCACUCGUGGUAGCAAGAUGUCAUGAUGCAGCGAUGCGUACUUGGCACCAGAUGCUCGUCGUCGGCGAUGCGGACGCGGGUUCACUUGCAGCUGUUCUCCCUGCUUGCCUCUCAGCCAACGCUGCGCGCGCCAUCGUCUCCCGUGCACGUCGCGAGGGUAUCACGAUGAACCGUGAGGCAUGGCAUGCGUUCUUGCACACGCUUGUGCGGAUUGGCGCUCCAGGUGAUGCACGGAAGCAGGUGGUGGAGUACAUGGGCAGGAAUGGCGAUACGGUCGAGCCGGACGAGGAAAGCGCGACGAUCGUGCUUCGAGGCGCUGUCGAGCGAAGCGGGCUAUUGAUGGCUCUCAAAGACGCCAGUGAGAUUGCUAGCGCCUGGCCGACUCUUCACUCUGUGGCGCACCACGUUCUAUCCCAAUACGCCGAUGCAGACGUCAGAAGCACGAUGAAGGAAGGCCUGUUUGCGGUCAUGGAGAAGGCGGACGCCAUUGUCGAGACGUGGCCUGCGCUGUCCAGUGCCGUGUCCGAGACCACGCAGGAAUGCGCUCUGAACGAUUUGAGAGUCGCGUUGGAGGAUGGCGGACUGUCGCAUGCAAUGGACAGGGCGAAUGCCAUAUCCAAAGCCUGGCCGGCGUUGAAACCCGUCGUACUCGACUUCCUCCGGACUGGAGGUCAAGCUACAGUGCGCUCGCGACACGAGGAACUUAGCUUAGAGAAUGCAGCACACAUCACCAGCACCAUGGGGCUCGAGGGCUAA